UUCAAGCUCAGUUACGGGGGUAGUUCCCUGAGCGAGAACUAGUGGAGAAAUAGUGGAUUUCUUUUUGUUUUGUUUUUUUUUUUAGAUAUAUUUUUCCAUAUCGUCAUUCAGUGCCUGGAUGGCGUGGGACAGGUGCACGCAGGACUCUUUGUGGAGAGAAUUUGAGUGUGCCGCCUUGGUGGGGGAAGACCAGCCUCUCUGCCCGGACCUGCCAGAGCUGGACCUCUCAGAGCUCGACGUCAGCGACCUGGAUGCCGACAGCUUUCUGGGCGGGCUGAGGUGGUACAGCGACCAAUCAGAAAUCAUUUCCAGUCAGUAUGGCAACGAAUCGUCAAACCUGUUUGAGAAGAUUGAGGAGGAGAGCGAGGCCAGCCUGCUGGCCGUUCUGACCGAGACGCUGGACAGCUUCCCCGUCGACGAGGACGGUCUGCCUUCCUUCGAGACCCUGACCGAUUCGGGCGGGGCCAACGGCGAGGAACGGACCUGCCCCUCCCCCACCGCCACGCCCGACUGCCCCGCCCCGGCCGCGGAGUCCGAGGAGUCCCUGCUGAAGAAGCUCCUGCUAGCCCCCGCUAAUGCUCAGCUGAGCUACGACCCGCGUGCGCCCGCCAAGAGCCAGAACCAUGCAGGCGCCAACCCACGGGCCAGACCGCCGCCCGCCGUCGCCAAGUGGGAGGCUCCCUGGAGCGGUAAGCAGCCGCGGGCGGUGCGCCGGCCCUGCGCAGAGCUCCUCAAGUACCUCACGUCCAGCGAGGACGCCCCCCACCAGACCAAAGCACAGAGGAGCUGCAAGGCCUCCUCUUCGUCCUCCUCUUCCUCCUCGCCGUCGUCGUCGUCGUCCUCCUCGUACUCCUCCCUGUCCUCCUCCUCCUCCGCCUCGGGCUCCUCGUCCUCCUGCAAGAAGAAGCCGUCCCCGUCGCCCCAGCAACAGCAGCAGCACCAGCGAGCCAAACCGGCCUCCUUGCCACUUCCUUUGACCCCAGAGUCUUCAACCGACCACAAGGACUCCCCGUUUGAGAACAAAACCAUUGAGCGUGCACUGAGCGUGGAGCUGUCAGGGACUCCAGGUCUGACUCCGCCCACCACACCUCCUCACAAAGCCAGCCAAGAGAGUCCUUUCAAAGCUACCAAAGCGUCCUCGCCUCCUCCAGCCUAUCGGAGAGCCGGCUCCCCGUCCCCGGCCAAUCACAGGGCGGGCGGGGCGGAGCCCGGCGGGAUGAGGAAAGACCCCCAGCGGAGCGAGCUGUACGCCCAGCUCAGCCGCGGCUCGGCCACGCCCCCUCGCGGGAAGCGGCCAAUCCUGCGCCUCUUCGGCGACCAUGACUACUGCCAGGCCUCCGGGGCGGGCAAACGGGCCCCGCCCGCCGGGCCCCUCCCCGCUGCGUGCGCCAAGCCUUCCUCAUCCUCCUCCUCCUCCUCCUCCUCGUGGCAGCGCGCGGACGGGAGCGCCGGGGACCCCAAGCUCCCGUCGCAGUCGGGAAUCCUGCCCGGAGCGCCGGCCGGCGCCCGGAAGCCGCUCCGGGACCAGGAGAUCCGCGCGGAGCUGAACCGGCACUUCGGGUCCCCGCGGCUGGCCCUGUGCGGCCCGGAGGCCGAGGCCACGGCGCCCCCUGGGGGUCCGGAGGACUGGGGCUCGGGGGAGGAGCAGUUUCCCUGCGGGCUCCCGGGGGGGCUGGUCCUGGGGGGGGUCCUGGAGGACAGCGAGGAGGAGGGAGACCGCUUCCUGUUCCCCUGGGAGGCGUCCCAUCCCGGCCCGCUGCUGGGCGGCUCCUCUCCGUCCUGCUCCCCGACCCCCUCCUGGGGGUCCCCCUCCCCGCCCAAAUCCCGCCGCUCCCCGCAGCGCCUCCGCUGGUCCCGCUCCAAACCCGGGUCCCCCCGCCCGCCCCCCCGAGGCUCCUGCUCCCCCCGGCCCCGGCUGCGCUCCCGUUCCCCCUGCAGCCGGCCGUCCUCACGGAACCGUUGCCAUGGGGACUCCAGCGCUUCCCGGAGCAGGACCCAGAGAAGCCCGGACACUUGGGCCCGAUCCCAGUCCGGCUCGCCCUCCACCCGCAGGCCCAGGUAUGACAGCUAUGAGGAGUACCAGCAGGAGUGCAUGCAGCGGGAGGAGCACCGCCGCAGCUACGAGCAGAGGGAGUACGAGCGAGCCGAGCAGAGGGACCGGCAGAGACACAAAGCAAUAGAAGAGAGACGGGUGGUGUACAUCGGGCGGCUGGGUUCUGAUAUCACCCGGACCGAGCUCAAACGGCGAUUCGAGGUCUUCGGCGAAAUCGAGGAGUGCACCGUACACCUGAGAGACGACGGGGAUAACUUUGGCUUCCUCACGUACCGCUACACCUGUGACGCCCUGGCGGCCCUGGAGAACGGACACACCCUGCGCCGGUCCACUGAGCCCCGGUUCCAGCUGUGCUUCGGCGGCCGAAAGCAGUUCUGCCGAUCCACCUACACGGACCUGGACUCUCACUCGGACGACUUCGACCCGACCUCCAUCAAGAGCAAGUACGACUGCCUGGACUUCGACAGUCUGCUAAGGGAGGCGCAGAGGAGGUAGCAGACCCGCGCCUCCUCUCUCCGGGCGGGCCCCCCGGAGGGAGACGCCCCCCCCCCC